AUGUCUGCAGCCAAGAUACAGAAGGUGCUCGCGCGCCAGCAAGCCAAAAUUGAAGAGGGCGACUUCUACGAAGCACACCAACAGCUCCGAACGAUCGCGAACCGAUAUGCCAAGUCUCAAGACUGGCCCGCCGCUGCCGACCUCCUCUCGAAUGGCGCCCUCAUGCUGCUCAAGGCCGGUCAAGGCGGUUCUGGCUCCGAUCUAUGCACAUAUCUGAUGGAAGUCUACCAAAAGGCCGAGUUCAAGGCAGAUGUUCCAAACAAGGCACGGAUACUGAGCUUGCUCCGAGCUUUCCCACCGGACGAGCCCAGCAAGAAGAAGUUUGUCACUGGAAUUGUAGAAUGGUCGGCAAAGCACAGCGACUUCCCAGCGGGCGAUCCUGAGCUUCACCAUGUUAUAGGAUCACUAUACGCAGAGGAGGGAGAGACCUACGACGCCGAACGACAUCUCACCCUCGGAACCAGUGACUCUGCGUCCGCCCUCGCUGACAUGGAGUACGAAUGGUACGCCUCAGACGAGCCCUCGACAGCCUCACACUACGCCGCCCGUGCCGUCUUCCCCUAUCUGCUCAUCGGCAACACUCGUGCUGCGAAUAAGGCACUGCUCCUUUUCACCAGCAGACUAUCCUCCCUCCAUCCCGGCCUCGGCGUGCAGUCCAUCUCCUCCCCUAGUAGCGACAUCCGGAUAUACCCAUCCCUCCCACUGCUCAACUUCCUCGGACUCCUUCUACUAGCGAUCCAGCGCGGCACGAAAGACUUGUUCAACCAGCUCAAGACGCAUUAUGCAGCACAUCUCAAAGAGGCGUCGCAGUGGGACGAGCCGCUGCUGCAGGUUGGAGAAAUGUACUUUGGCAUCAAGAUCCCCAGCCAAAGCAAUCCCCUGUUCGACAUGAUGAGCAGCAUGUUGAUGGGUGGUAGCAACCCAUUUGCAGCGAAGAAGAAGGAGAGUCGACAGGUCACUGCGGGAAAUGCAACGCCUAGCACGUCAGAGACACCUGCGCCGGCGCCAGCGGUCGACUAG